AAUUAAGAAUCACAUAGCUGAUAUCGAUGACAAAUUCAAAGAGCUUAAAGCUGAAAACGAUGCCAUGCGAUCAGAAAUUGCUGAAUUGAAAGCAGACAAAGAAAAAGGCCAAGAACAGAUUCUCCGUUUAGUAGAGCAGAGUAAACGUAAAAAUCUAUUUGUCAAAGGUAUUAUGAUGAAAGGUUCCCCAAAACGAUCCGUAGAAUAUUUUUUUAAAAACACAUUAAAGCUAGCUGAUGUUAAAGUAAUAUCAGCCCGGGCUAUAUACUCAUCAAGAAAUAAAAUAAAUACGAUCGUAGAAAUGCAAGACGAAGAAAUGGUGAGACAAGUACUUAAAAAUACCAACAAAUUAGCCGGUACUAAUAUUAUAAUCGAAAAAGAUUUGAGUGAAAGAAGGCAGCAAAACAAAAAGGUCUUAUUCCAACUGAAGACUGAAAUACUUGGAAUCGACAAAACACACAAAGUUUUUGUAAGAAAUGACUCCAUAAAGAUUGGGACAAAAUGGAUGUCAUGGUCAAGGACCGGAGAGUUAAUGUGUGGAAAGAACAAAGCUGACGCGGAACUAAAAGAUUUAUAUGGCGAUAAGUUUAGUGCAUUAGAUCUUAGCUAUAAUAACUUAUUAAGCAAAAUUAAUCAAAAAAACUAAGUAUAAGCAAUGUAGAUAAAAGCCAAACUGUAACUGAGGAUCGUUUUUUAAAUAUUUUGUCAUAUAAUGUACAUGGGCUAGAAAACAAAAUGCUAUACGUAGACUUUUUUAAGUAUAUAAACAGUUUUGAUAUAUUUUUUCUCUUGGAAACUCAUAUUUGCGCGGAUAAAUGUGAAAAAUUUAGUAAAUACUUUGGCGAUUUUGAAUUAGUUUGGCACUAUGCUGCAAGAAAUUCACGGUUUGGAAGAGGAAUUGGUGGUUGUUUAAUCGGAAUAAGGAAGGAUCUGAAAAAGUUUGGUGUUCAACAUACACAUACAACUGAACAAGGAAUAAACGUAAUAAAGAUUAUUAUUAAUGGCUUAAAAUUUAACAUCAUACCAAUGUACAUGAGAUUACAAACUUGGAAAGAAGAAUUCUUAAAAAUCGACUCUAUACUCAGGGAAUGUAGCAUUGAAAAUCCCAUAAUAAUUGGCGACUUGAACGUGAGAAUUGGAUCAUUGCAAAAAAACAUCGAUGAAAUUUUUAAGGAGACAUUUCAUGCUGGUCUUGAGGAAAGGAGAUCAAAAGAUGCGGAAAUAAAUUCAAGAGGAAGAGACUUCUUGAAGCUUUGUUAUGACCACGGGCUGGUAAUUGCAAAUGGAAUGACAAAUGGCGAUGAAAUUGGAGAAUUCACCUUUGUAAGUACAGUUGGAACGUCGGUCAAUGAUAUAUGUGCGAUCUCACAAGAACUUUUGUCGAGAGUACACAGAUUUACAGUUGGGAAUAAAAUCUGGUCAGAUCACAUGCCAAUAAUUUUAUCGAUGAUAUAUAGAAGUGAAAAUAUACCGGAAAAACUCAAUACACUGUUACCAAAGCUUAACUGGGAUAAUCGCAAAUAUUUUGAAUACCAGAAUGAAAUAAACAAAAUCCUUACAACGCGCAGACAACUUUCCCCUUAUUCAUUCUCCGAAAUAGCGGAAAUAAUACAAGAAGCACAUCGAUCUAUAGCUACGACAACAAUGACAUUUUCAGGUCGUGAAAAAUGGUUCAACGUUACAUGUUUUAACGCAAGGAAAAAAUCUUUUGAAUAUUUGGAUAAAUUUAGAAAGUACGCUAGUCGUGAAAAUAGAGAAAAGUAUGUAUACUUUAACAAACGGUAUAAAGAAAUUUGUGAAAAUGCCAAAGCCCAAUAUAAUAACAGAUUGGAAAGAAAGAUAGACGAGGUGAAAGAUUCUCAUGAUUGGUGGAAGAUCGUUAGGGAGCUGAGAAACGAAGAAAGGUGUGGUAGCAUACCCGUGAAAACGGAGGACUUAAAGAAUUAUUUCCAACAACUGCUAACCCACACAAAAAAUUUUCCAGAUAUUCAUUACGCCUAUAUACACUGGAGAGAUGAUGACUUGGAUAGGGAAAUAUGUUUGAUGGAAGUUAAAAAGGCCUUAGGCAAAGCAAAGCUAAAUAAAGCACCAGGAGAAGAUCGUGUGCCAUACGAAUUUUAUAAAUACGCAACUGAUGAAUUGCUACAAGAAAUAACAUGUACUUGCAACGUUAUUUUCGAAAAAGGAGAAGUAGACAAGUCGUUCGUUAGAAGCAUUAUUUACCCAAUAUUUAAAAAAGGUGACAAAACUCUUCCCAAUAACUACCGUGGAAUAUCAUUCAUGAAUUGCUUACCAAAAGUGAUGAUGGGUAUUGUCAAAGAUCGACUGGCUAAUUGGUCAGAAAAACAUGGAAAAAUAAAUGAAUAUCAAGCUGGAUUUCGUAAAAAUUACUCUACCGUUGAUAAUUUGUUCAACUUAUCCUCAAUAAUACACUUAAACUGGCACAAAAACAAAAAAACCUAUGCUUUCUUCGUAGAUUUUAAAGCUGCGUUUGACCGAGUAUCUCGAAAAGCCAUGAUAUACAAACUUCAUACCAUAGGAGUAUCAACAAAAGCCAGGAACUCUCCAGUGAUUUUAAUACAACCACAGGUGUUAAACAGGGCUGCUUAUUAUCUCCUCUCCUAUUUGCUUUGUACCUCAAUGACCUACAUGAAUACAUUGGUGGUGGUACCACAGUGGAUGAUCAAAAUAUUCGACUUCUGA